UAUCAUUCACAUGAUGUAGGAAUAAAUACCAAAUGUGGAAUGACCCAUGAUGGUACUGCACUUGAUAAAAUAACUGGCAAUUCAACAAACCCAAGGAGAUAUACAUUUGGUAGUAAGGAAGCAUUCCAGUUGGCACUGUUGGCAAUAGCAUUGAAUGGUUCGACACCUCAUGGAUACGACCCACUGGACUAUUUCCAUAUUCCAAUCGAGCUCACCGCUGCGGAGAAGGCCAUCAUCAACACCGGUGACCCAAGAUUGGACACUGUGCUGGUGACACUCUAUCGCAAGAUGGACACUUUGGAGAAGUUCAACAAAGCGUUGCCAGGCUAUGGCGGCUACAUUCCAUUCCUCGGUGUUAGGGACAAUGGACUCGAGACUACGGUCAAGACCGAUACCGAUGUUGGCUCGCUGGACGACGGUCUGAUGGUGUGGGGUGUGUACGCCGUGUCUCAUGAGCUUGGCAAGACGAGAUACAAGGAUCACGUCCAAUUGUCGCUGAGGUAUCGCAAGUGGUUCGAUAUGAUGGCGGACAAUGCUGUUACUAUGUUCUGGAACAGGACCGCCCUCCACUUUGCCAUGUCCGCUAGAAUGAAGCAGAAUGAUAUUCCAGUGGCCAGCAACACGUAUUGGUCCAACAGUCCAUACGCCUCUCAAGGCCCACUCGAUGGUGAGCCCAUGGGUAUCUUUGGUGACAUGUUUGGAACGUUCGAGAGUCAAGAACUGCGAGACAAGACCUGGAACAUAUUCAAGGUCAACAAAGUCGAUUGGACGACUCCCUCGGGUGUGAUCACAGUGCAGAAGGGCUGGACGUACUCCCCGCACGAGUCAUACAAGUACCUCUUGCUGCCCUACCAGGAUGUCGAAAUCCAGCGUCGUCUGUUGUCCAAUUGUGAGAAGGCCAGGACUUGGUACUCCAACCUCAAUGGCUAUCCAGGCAUGUUUGGCGCGUCCUACAACUCGUCGAGUAAAUACUUUGUCGACGUUGGAGUGCCGCCCUUGUCUGCGCAUGAUAAGCUCAAGACCGACUACUACACGCCAUACGGUGCAUUCCCAACGAUAAUGGCCAAUCACCCUGUAGGACUGGUGUGGUACAACAACAUGUUGAAGGGUCCGGCCAUGCAGGGUCCGUACGGUUCUACCGAGUCUGGUAUGAAUGAUGGUACGAGUGUGUCGUCUAUAAUAUCAUGGGAUACAAAGACAUCGAUUGUAGCAAUACUAGGUGGUAUUGGUGAUAUAGUACGUGAUGCUUUAAUACUUGAUUGUAAGUAUCAAACAUUCAUCGAUAGGAUUCAGACCACCUACACCAAGGCAUUCCCUGUGCUCAAAGGUGAAGACAUACCCUAUGCAAUGCCCAAGGUAACAGCACCAGCCAACGCAGAACGAGCUGACUUUACACUAUGCUCU